UUUGGUCGUGGAGGUGGACCUAUGGGCGGUAGUCGCGGAGGCUUCAAUGCCGCACGCGGCGGCACCAACCAGGGUAGUCGCGGUCGCGGUGGGCCGAUGGGCAUGAACAGGGGUGCUGCCCGUGGACGGGGUGGAGGAUUCAACAACGCGGGUGGACGAGGUGGUGGAGGUGGACAGGGCGGCGGCAGCUUCAGAGGCCACAGCUCGAACCGCGGCUUCGGCAACCGAGACAACCGUCGAGGUGGGUCGUUUAAUGCUGGCGGUAACUUCCACCAGCACGGCCACCAGCAAGGCUACCAGCAGCAGCACCAACACCAACACCAUCAGCAGCAGCAGCACCAUCACCAACAGCACCAAAGUUACUCGAAUAACAACAGUUUCCGCGGCCGCAACCAGGGCUUCACGCAUUCUUCGCGCGGAGCUCGGCAUGAUUCUCAUGCUAGCCACGGCAGAGACAACGCGAGCGUAGCCUCUGCCGGGUUUUCGUCCGGUAAGAAAGAAGAGAAUCGGCGCACGCUGACCGAUUUUAAGAUCGUGGGGCUCGAGAUUCCCGAGCUUUCUUGGAGCUGGAGUGUCUCGAAGUCUGAUGCUGCCGAUGCACCGGUCAAGACGGAGGACGUCCCGAUUGCUAUUUCGUCUACUGCGACUGCGGGUGCUCAAAGCACGGGCGACUCUCCUGUCAAGACAGAGCCUGUAGCUACCACGUCCGACGCGCCUGCUGCAGGUGCGGCGUCAGCGUCUGGAGAUGUCUCUGGCCCUAGCCAGGCCUCUGUCAUUAAGUCGGAGCCAACGGCCAUAUUGCCCCCUCCGCCGUCGCGGGUUCGCAUUUACUUCCACACGCCUGUGACUGCUGACGAUUCGCAUCUCAUUUCGUCUGCCGCUCCAUAUGCUCAACCCUCCACUUCUCGGAAGGGCAAGCGUAAAAAACUGGAGGAUGAUGAUGGUGAUGUCGAGGAUGGUCGUGGUCCUCCCCCGCCGGCGCCGCAUUCCUCAGAGAUGGGACACGAGCAUGAUGUUGCUAGUAUGGAUGGGACUGAAACUGCGUUCGGCCGCGAUAGCGUCGCGCCGAGUGUUGCGGAAUCGGCCAGCGAAGGCGACUGGCUCAUGGCUGCCAUUGGCGGCGAAGAAGGGGAGGGCGAGGGCAUAGACCAUGCAAAUGGCGACGAGUAUCAUGAUCCUGACGCAGACGCGGAGGGCGAAUAUGAGGGUCAUGACGAGUACCACGUGGGUGGCGACGAGGGUGCUCACGAUGCGGGCGAACAGCAGCAUGACGAGCAUGCACCGUCUGCCGAACAGGGCGGUAUGUCCGUCGAUCCACAAGUUGCCCCUGGCCCAGAGAAUUCGGCGCACAGCGGCCCUAGCGCUUCAUCAGGGGCUGGAGACCCUUCUAGCAAUGCUGUCAAUGGCUCUGCACCCGCUCCGUCAUCUGCAUCUCCCGGCAUUCCUACUUCUGUGGAUUCAGCAUCCGUAUCUUCUGCUGUCGGUGUCACUAACCCUUCUUCGAACGGUGAUGCUCAGGCUUCAGUACAGGCUGGAGUUGCGCCGUUGCAAGCUACGGAAUCGCUCGCCUCUACCGUGCCCGAUACAGACGUACAAGGCAAAAAACAAGACCGCGAAGAUACUGCGCCUACUGAAUCCGCCAUGGAUCAAACGCAGCCUGCGGACGAGACUUCCUACCAGGUCGACGAAUCGUUCUUAUCGAAUGGUGGUCCCUACGCUCCCGAUCCAUCUAGCUCGCAGGCCGGAAAGUCUGGCCGCGUUGCAUCUGCGAACCGUCUCUCUGCGGCAUACGCCGCGGGCACGCGCAGAAUGGUGGUCGACGCUGAGAUUGUCGAGUCGCUGAAGGUGUUCAGAGCCGAGGCUCGUAUCGAGGUGUACAUGAACGUCGACAGAGACGAUGCCGGGGGAUACAAGGGUAUCAUGAUGGAAGCCUAUUCGGAGGCAGCUGCAUCAUACCUGCCUCUCGAGAUGUCGGAAGCCAUGGAAGCUGAUCCGACUGUGCCGCCAUUCUCAAAAGCCACGCUUCCGACGAAGAUGACCCUGAUCGCCCAGCUCGAUCGUCAACGUCCGUUGUCUGAGCCCCGAUGGGUAAAGACCGGUGAUGUCCACGAGUGGCUCAAGAGCAUGUUCGGACGCAUGUUCUGGGUCGCCGGCGACGCGGCUGAAGGCUGGGAGAAGAAGAUCCAAGUCGUCGACCCCGAUCCGGCCCCCACCAUCUGGACCGUCCUCGAGACAUGGGCGCAGAACUCCAACAUCGGCCAACAAACCGAGCGGCAGCGCUUCCUCCGCACGCACAUGACCGAGACCGACAACAUUCUCGAGAUCCUCCUCCGGCUAGUACGGGGAGAGCGCUCGGGCACAGGCUUCCAGCAGGCGACGCCCGCCGUGGCCUCGCCGAAUCUCGCGGGCCCGCUACUGACUGCGCUCUCGCCGGGCGCAGCGCACGGCGCGCAGCAGACGCACGUCUCGCUCGCGGUGCUGGCGAUCUUCCGACUCGCGGUGGAGUACGCGAAGCGUGUCUCGCCGGAGAAUGGGAAGCACGAGGUGGAGGAGCGUGCGGGCGAGAUCAUCCGCUCGCUGCCGUCGCAUCUGCUGUACAAGAGCCUGGACGGGAUCUUCAAAGAGUGGAAAGCGGACAAGAAGGGCGGGAAGGCGUGAAUGCGGUGCGGGUCUGGCUCUGCUUGCCUGGUCGGUCUGGCUGGUUUCUUGUUCGGCUUGCCGUUACUGUACUCCCCUUCGUCAACUUGUUGCGUUCGGACAUUUCUUGCCCGCUCCACCUUGUUCCCCCUUCGCAUGUGUAGAGUGCGCCCAAAUGCUCCUGCUUCGUUGACGGCGUGUUUGUUCGAUUCAAUUGUAUCUUGUACACGCGUUUGACCCCAAUGUUCUCCCCCCAACCAAUUCUUGCGUGACGCGCAUUCCGGGCACCAUCAAGCACAUUGCUGACGGGGCUUACGACGGGGGACCGAUCCUAUGAAUGUGAAUGGCAAGAUGCCGUAUCGACGCGUUUGUCCGCUAUGCAUGUGAUCCAGCUGAAGGCGAAUGCCAACAUACCGAGUUAAUAUGUA